AUGGAUCGCGGCAGUCUCCAAAUCGUUCUAUUCGCUUUACUGAGUGUUUUGCUUAUCAGCGGCUGUCAAAGUGGAAAUAUACUCGGAGUAUUUACGAGUCUAAGUCCUUCGCAUUUAAUUAUACACAUGUCGAUGGCAAAAGUUUUGGCUGAGAAUGGUCAUAAUGUGACCGUAGUUACGGUUCUGAAACCUUCUGUCAAUCACAAGGACAUCACUGUAGUGCAGGUUCCCUUGAGCGAAGAGGAUAACAAAAAAAUGAGUGCAAUGAUAGCUCAAUUUGCCAGCCAAGACCAUAGCAAUAUGUUUAUUUCCAUGUUUCGAUCAUUGCGUCGUUUGCAAUUCAUGAUGGUACAAAUGCGAGCUAUUAUGAAAGAUCAGCGUGUCAAGGAUCUCUAUGAGAACAAGGACAACAAAUUUGAUCUAGUUAUAUUGGGAUACUUCCUCAACACAUAUCAAUUGGGAAUUGCACACAAAUUAAAAGCUCCCGUUGUUAUAGCUGCCACCAUGCCGCCCAAUGAAUUGUUUAAAGGCGUUGUUGGCAAUCCCUCAGCAGCUUCCUUCGUUCCGGCAAUGAAUAUGGCAGUCGAAAGAGGUGAAACUAUGACAUUUGUACAACGAAUUCAAAACUUUCUUACAAACAUUGUCAUCGAAGUAUUUUUAGGAAUUCUGGAGAACAAUAAUGCGAACACAUACAAAGAGAUAUAUGGCGAUGAUCCCACAAUGCCAGCAUUUGGAGAGUUAGGCAAGAAUGUAUCGCUCACUUUCUUCAUCUCUUAUGCACUUAGCGAAGGACCCAUAAGACCCAAUGUUCCAUCAGUUAUUGAAGUGGGUGGCAUUCAGAUUAAAGACAAACCGAAUCCAUUACCUAAACAAAUUGCAGAAUUCCUCAGUAAAGCUGACAAUGGUGCCAUUCUCCUCUCCUUGGGAUCUAAUGUAAAAAGCUCAUAUCUAAAAUCUGACACAAACAACAAAAUAUUCAAUGUGUUGUCGAAGCUGAAACAACGUAUAAUUUGGAAAUGGGAAGACCUCGAUAAUACUCCCGGCAAAUCGGAGAAUAUUUUAUACUCGAAGUGGCUGCCUCAGGAUGAUAUUUUGGCUCAUCCAAACAUUACACUCUUUAUCACACAUGCGGGAAAAGGAGGCAUAACAGAGGCGCAGUAUCAUGGAAAACCAAUGUUAGCGCUUCCUAUUUUUGGUGAUCAGCCUAGCAAUGCUUUGAAAAUGGUGAAAGAUGGAUUUGGUCUCAGUUUGAGUCUGCUGACUCUUGAGGAAGAGCCCUUCAAAGAGAGUCUGACUGAACUCCUGGAGAAUCCUCAGUAUAAACAUAAAGUAAAGACUUUCUCCGCUUUAUAUAGGGACAGACCUAUAUCUGCUCGAGAAAGUGUUCUUUACUGGUGCGAGUAUGUAAUGCGUCAUCAUGGAGCCCCUCAUCUUCAGAGUCCGUUGCUGAAAAUGAAUUACAUAGAGGCCAACAACUUGGAUGUUCUCGCACUGUUUGUGACGAUAAUAAUAGUUGUUAUCUACAUUAGCAAAUUUGUGUUGACUGCGAUAGUUAGGAAGCUCAAGGGGAAACCGAAAAAUACUGAUAAAACAAAAAAACACUAG